CAGAACUCAUGAUACCUUGCCCAUAGACAGACGGACACGAUUCCUCUCAGCGUGAGAGGUGACCCCUACAUCGGACUAGGGAUUUCCUUCACCAUUGUGCUCAUUACCACCUACCUCAGCCCCUUUUCUGAUCAUGCUUCGAGUGUGUUUCAGUUCUUUAAUGUUGUGGAGGAUUUCCGGUUCAAGGGUUCGGGAUGACCCUAUCGCUGUCGUUGGCCAGCAUACUUCUGGCUGUUUUAUCUCCAGGAGAGGUUACGCACGAAAAGGGGGAGGUAAUGAUGGUAAAAAGCGUCACGAUGAUCACGUCGCAACCGUCAUAUACAUACGUACGACUCGGGGUGGAUGGCGGAGGUGGUGUUCAGGGCAUUUGCGGUUGAAUUUUAUUUCGGACUCAAUGAGGCAGAACGCGAAAGGGAAUGGAACGAAAUGGAACGGAAUGAUAUGGAAUGAAAUGGUUUUCUCGGUGCAUUCUGACUCUCUGGCCUUUCGUUAUACGUGGACAGCCUCUCGCCAUGCUUUUGCCCCUUUGCUGGCUUUAGAUGUUGCUCACUCACUUAACGCUGACGAAUCACAUCACGUCGCGAUAGGUUAGGAAAGGGUUCUCAAACAAGACCAUGAUUGAUGAUGACGACUCAGGCUCUCUCGACUUAGCC